AUGACACUCCCAGGCGACCAGCUGCCCUUCUUCCAGCCAGGAUGCGUCUGCAACAUCUCUCGUGCUCUCUCGUCAGCUGCCACCCACGCCAUCACCCCUGCCUGGCGACAAACGCCAGUCCGUGACCUCGCCGACUACUGUCCGUGCAGUGUGUACCAAGCCUUUGGUCGUCUGUGGCGUGCCCUCACAACCGACUCGCUGCCCCCACCCUUGACCGACUACUAU